AUGGCCCAGGAACGUGCUGCUCCCCUCCGUCUCGGCUCUACCGCCCCCGACUUCGAGGCCGAUACCUCCAACGGCCCCAUCUCCUUCCACAACUUCAUCGGCGACAGCUGGGCCAUCCUCUUCUCCCACCCCGAUGACUUCACCCCUGUCUGCACCACCGAGCUCGGUGCCUUCGCCAAGCUCGAGCCCGAGUUUGCCGCUCGCAACGUCAAGCUGAUCGGCCUGAGCGCCAACGGCACCGAGUCUCACAAAGCCUGGAUCAAGGACAUCGACGAAGUCAACGGCUCCAAGCUCACCUUCCCCAUCAUCGCCGACCCAAGCCGCAAGAUCGCCCACCUCUACGACAUGGUCGACUACCAGGACACCACCAACGUCGACGAGAAGGGCAUCGCCUUCACCAUCCGCUCCGUCUUCAUCAUCGACCCCGCCAAGAAGAUCCGUCUCAUCAUGGCCUACCCCGCCUCCACCGGCCGUAACACCGCCGAGGUCCUCCGUGUUGUCGACGCCCUCCAGACCACUGACAAGAACGGCGUCACCUGCCCCAUCAACUGGCUCCCCGGUGACGAUGUCAUCAUUCCCCCUACCGUCUCAACCGAGGAUGCCCAGAAGAAGUUCGGUGAGCUCCGUAUCGUGAAGCCUUACCUCCGCUUCACCUCCCUCCAGAAGGAGUAA